AUGUUCCAGCAUCUUCACUUCCUUUUUGUGCCCAAGCUGGAGCAAAAGCCACUGUUUUGUUGCCAUUGUUCCUGUUCUUGUCAUAAAAACCAUCUUCAAAGGAACCAUAGUCUAUAUUCUGCAAUACUGUUGGAAUCUGUAUCCCCCCUACGAGUACUUCUUUCUCUCGCAUAUCUGUAUCAAUCUUUUCCCUUGUAUUGGUCACGUCCAACCCAAUAUAUGGAGUGUAGAACCCAGCUUCCAGUGCACCCUCACCUACAUGUGAUCGAAAGUCGUUCAGUGGAGGAGGGAUCUUGGUGA